GCCCGUCGAAAAUUUGCCGCCAAUAGCUACGCAGAAAGUAAAAAAACGAAGAAGAAACAAUAAAUACUUCACUUCGGAGAGCCACCCGCUUCAUACGAAGGGUUUUAUCCUUUUUUUUAUUUUCUAAAAUGGCUUCAGACGACGAAGCAGGUCCUGAACUACUGGAGAGCGAGGACGAAGGAGAGUCCGGAGCAGAAAGUUUUCUCACGGAGGAUGAGCUGGCUUACCAAGAGGGGCUCGAUCCAGCGGAAGAUUACGAUGAUCAACAGGAGGGGCAAGAAGAGCCUUGCACCUCUGGUGAAGAAGAUGCCAGCAACUCAGCUUAUCCUGAAGAAGACAGAUCUUCACUCACCGCAACAACUGGUCAGAAAAGAAAAAGAUCUCCACAUCCAGCAGUCUCAGCCAAAUCCUGGAAAACAGAGAAAGAUCCAGACUUUUGUCCAGUGCCUAAUAGGUUCAUCCCAGCCCGACCCCCCGGACAUCAACUAAAUUCAAAUAACAAGCACACACCGCUGGACCUCUUCAAGCUGUUUUUCAGCAAUGAUGCCAUUUUAACUCUUUGUCAGAACACAAACAAACAAGCAGCCAAAAACAUUGCGAAAGGCAAAAAGUAUCCGUGGACUGACCUUGACAUCCCAGAGUUCUUAAAUUAUAUGGGACUAACUUUCUUCUUUUCAUUAGUGAAACUGGAUAACAUCUGUGACUACUGGAAAAAGAACACAAUUUUCAGCGUGCCAUUUCCGGCUGAUGUCAUGCCACAGGACAGGUACCAGGCAAUAUCUUGGAACAUCCACGUGAGUGAUCCAGAGAAAGAUGUUGAGAACAACAGGCAAAAGGGAACGUCACAAUACGACCAUCUGUUUCAACUGAAGCCCCUGAUGGACACCAUCAGGCAUGCCUGCAAAGCUUUUUAUCACCCCAGGCAGAACCUUCUUAUUGAUGAGAGGACCAUGGUGAGGAAGAACUACACUGGAUCAAUUAAGAAAAUGGCAGCAAAGCCAAACAAGUGUAGUUUCAAACUUUUUGUUCUGUCUGACAGCAGCAGCGGCUACAUCUUGGACUUUGCUGUGUACACUGGAAAGUCACAAUUUGAAUCAGGCACUGGACUUGCCUACAACUCCAUCAUGACCCUGAUAAAGUCUGCAUACCUGGGGAGUGGCUAUAACCUGUUUCUGGACCACUUCUACACCAGUCCAAAACUCUUUAAGGACCUGCUGAGCCUCAAUAUAGGAGCAUGUGGAACAUACAGAGACAAUAGGAGAGGCUGCCCAACCACACAAUCAAAUGCCCUGAAGAAAAAGGACCCUAAAGGCACCCUGAGGUGGAUCCGUGAAGAUCCUGUAGUUUUUGUGAAGUGGAAGGACUCACGUGAGGUCAGUAUCUGCUCUACAGUCCACCAGGCGUUCUCUGGAUACACUGUGGAGAGGAGAGUGAAAAGUGAGAAUGGCAAGCCAACCAUCAAAUCUAUUCCAUGCCCAACACCUGUCAUGGAAUAUAAUAAAUACAUGGGAGGUGCUGAGGAUUUGUUAGGACAGUUGACACAAUACUACUCUGUACACCACAAGACAUCAUGCUGGUACCGUAUUCUGUUCUUACACUUCCUGGACAUUGCAGCCACCAACAGCUUCCUCCUUCACAAGGAGCUCUGCAGAGAGAAACACGAGGAACCCUUGACCCACAGGGCCUUCCUGGAGGAGCUGACUUCGCAGUUGUGUGGUGUAACAGUUGCCGUCCCUCCUACCAAGGGAUCGAGUGGCCACCUACCCGUGCCAAUCUCCAACCAACCUGAUUCAAGCAAGAGGCCCUCAUAUGGACGCAGGACCUGCGUACAGUGCCGGCUGAUGAAGAAGGAAUAUCAGUCUACACCCUGGAAGUGCAAGGAGUGCGAUGUGGCCCUGUGUCUCAUCGCAGACAGAAACUGCUUUGAAGCAUGGCACAAUUAA